AAUUUAUAUAUAAAAUACAAAAAAAAAAAAACAAAAGGCUUGGAUCCUUCCUGCCCUGUCCCGCGUUUCUCUUGUGUUUUGUCUCCUUCUUAAGUGCAAAAGAAAAGUUUGGGUCCUUCGAAUACAAACGAGUUAAAAGAAAAUCAAAACUAGGAAAGGUGAUGAUGAUGAUGUCUUCUUCUGGUAAACAAUCGGAGUCUGAGGCAGCUUCGAAAGCAGGCGCUGCUUCCGUUGAAGACGGCGUUGGCGGCGUGCAAGUCACGACUUUCUCAGAGCUCGUGGAUGAUGUCACCCUCCACUUUCAGAUCAUUCACCUCCCUAAACAGAUAUUUGCAUGGAUUGGCUGUAACUCUGCUAAAUUCGGUGACUUGUAUGCCGCCGCUCCUACACGACCUAAAAAUAGUGUGAGCGUGGCUUCCAUUCUUGGAGGUGCUUCAGACAACACUGGCUCUGGAAUCGCUCGACGAUUAGUGAUAAAGACUGGUCUCAAUGUAAUCGUGGCUUGCAAUAUGCCAAAGAAUAGCCCCAUGCUUGAGGCAAAUGCUGAAAAGAAGUUGGUGGAGAAGCUGAUUGCCCUGGGCUACUCAAGGCCCAAAUCUCCAGGGCCAGGGUUGUCUUCCUAGGGAGAAACAACUCUGUUCCAUAUGUGCAUUGUAGCAGCAACCCAAUAGGUGAUAUUAGUCUACAAUGUAGAAUCAGUUAUGGGAUCCUUUGUUUAACUCAUUUUGUUGAUCCAGAAGAUAAACACCAACAAAACAUAGUGGGCCUGGCUGUGAGUCCUCGGACAGUGUUGAUGUAAGCGUUUCUGUUAUAUUUUGUGCUUUGAUUCACAUGUCAGAAACAGAAUUAAUUUUGUGGGAUUGAUGUUGCUACUUUUCUGAUUAAGUUUGUUAUGGGCAAUUGAUUCCAAGUUUGCUA